AUGUCUUGGACACCCUCAUCCACUAAAAAAUCCAAAAAGCUUCUGAAAGCUCACGAAUCACCACUUGUCAUAAAGGUUGAGCCGGACUUCGAACCACCAACUUCUCUGCUUUUCCCUUCCCCUCCUCUUCCACCGCCGCUACCGUCACCGCAAUUGCAGUCGCAGUCGCAGUCGCAGCCAGUGCCCCAGCUAACAAAGUUCUCUCCUCCCGUGUCCCUUCGCCAGGCAAAGCCGGGCCGGAUGACACCCAAGGAACGUGUCGUCAGCAAGGGUCCGCUUAAAGAGAAAGUAAAUUACCCACCCCAUGAGCAGCAGUCGGAGUAUAACCGUCAGAGGCUGCUGGAAAUGGAGUUGUACCCUUCCGAUGGGGUCGGGAGUUAUCCGAGGAGUAUACCAUUCAAGGGGAGCAAAGAAGAUUUUCUCCGAAAAACUGGGAGGAAUCGUUUUGACGGUGAGAUGAACCCCCCUCGUCCUCCUACCCCAUGAAAGGGAUCGAAAAGAAAACGGGGGGGGACAAGUCAAUAAUUACCGUUCCGUCGCUAAUCCCUAUUGGCAGUGUUCGAAUAUCGCUUCACAGCACCGAACGUGAAGGGUGAGAAAAAAUGGUGGUGGGUGAUGUGGGAUUAUUAUAACGGCCUCGUCAGAGUGCACGAUUUCUUCGACUGCUGUAAGCCCGGGAAGGUGGGUGGUAAAAGCAAAACUUUGAUCUAUCUAGCUUUUGCCAGAGAGAAGAGAACUUUGGUAAAGAAACACGAAAUAACUAACAUGUGGACCAAUCUUGACAGACUGAACCCGGAAAUGCCGUUAGGGAAAAGGUUAAUCCAGGACUUGCGUCCGUGUGCCACAACAUUACAGGCGGUAAUCUUCACGCACAAGGUAGGCAGACAGACACUAUCACACUUAUGAAGCCCUUAAGUUAUCAAACUAACAAGCCCCAUCCCUGGGGGGAGGGAGGAGCAACCCAGGCUACUGGAUACCAUACGAAGCAGCCAAGGCCCUCGCGGCAAAGUUCUGCUACAGGAUCCGUUACGCACUAACCAUUAUAUUCGGAGACUCCUUCCCAGAGCAAUGCCUUCCUGAGCACCACCCGGAGUUCGGCAAAUACCAGAUAGAUGCCAAAAUAAUAAGUGCAUGCUGUCAGAAAUCCGCUGCUCAGCUCUGCAUCGAGCAAAGACGCUUGCACGCCGCCAUACACCGCCAGCAUCAGCAUCAACGUCAGCAACAAGUGCCAUCACUCACACCCAAUGACGCUGCAGUAGGUCCAGGGACAUCUUCACUGCGCUUCGCAUCUACCUCUUCCACAUCUCCCUCCUCUUCCUCUUCUUCAGCAGCAGUAGUAGCAGAACCACGAUACCCCACCACUCGAAGACGGAAAAGCAUCUCCCCACCACUGACAUUACCGCCACCACCCCACUCCUCCUCAAGCAGCCAAAUCUACGCCCAAUACCGCCUCCGAACACGCACCCGCACUCCUCCUCCUCCCCCACCGCCUCCGCCACCACCUCCUGCCGAAUCAUCAUCACCAUCAUCUUCUGCAAAAAGGUAUUUCGACCCCGUGAGAGAAACUUGGACGGACGGGAAUAGUCCGCAGAGGAGGAGGCUUGAUAGGGAAAAUAGCGGCGUUGCAGACGGAGGACCACAAUUACUAGUACCAAAUCAAGAUGCUGAGCAAGACAGGGAUACUAGAGCUUCAACGAACACCCUCUACGAGUACACAAGCAACAAUAACAAAAGCGUAGUGAACAAGCAGAACCCGCAACAAGGAGAAAAGGAGAAAUGCCUGCCACCAAUAACUCCCCUCCUGCACCUCCCGUACCCGCACACUGAAACAAACGCAAACUCCUACUACCGGCCCAGACCACAAGAGCCAGAACCAACCCCCAAGCGCGCAAAGCAUUCCCGAGUAUCCGCCCCGCCGAGAUUCGUCCUGGGAACCUUUUCCCGUGGGCAGCGGGUUUGCCGGAGUGACUCUUUUUCACUAUCGCCGCCCUCCUCCUCCGCCUCUCCCGCUGGGAGAGGAGGGGGGGAGACGCAAGAGGAACACGUGCUAGCAGUGGAAGCGGCGGGGAAUCUGAUGAAGUUGAGGUUGGAUGAGUUUAAUUCAAACACUGAGGGGAGCGCAGGGGCAGGGGGGAGGAAGAGGAGACAGUCGCGGUGA